UAAAAACGCAUGCAGUUGUUUCUUUAGUUUGAGCAUUGUCUUUCAAAUACUCUAAAUAGUCUAGCUAGAAUAUGUGACGGAAUCAUCUUAAUUAAUAAACACAUCCUCACAAAUGGCUUUACCUCCCAACUUUUUUAACUUGUAUCAAGACCAGCUCUUGGACCAAAGAAAAAGAAUGGAAAUGUAUGAGACAUAUAGGGCUCAACAACUGCGCAAUGGAAAUAUUCUACCACCUUACCAGCUCAUACAAAAUGGACCAUCAAAUUGUCAAGCUCCUUUUGGAAAUGGAUCAAUGAUGGAUAUGUCAACUAACAGGUUUGACCCAUCAUCUGGCAAUAUGUGGCGAGUUUAUGACAGAUCCUCACAAAGUUUUGAAAGGUUUCCAACUCAAGGCAUUACAACAGACAGGCAGUUUUCUGGAUUACCAAUGAACUGUGGUCCAUACCACCCUAACAAUUAUAUGACCAUGUCUAGAAAUCAACAACCUGGUUUUCCUCUAAUACCUCAGCAGCCACCUGUAGUAACACCAGGCAGAUAUGUAAAUACACCUGGUAUAAGCAGUGUGACAUCACCAAACAGAAUGUUCUCUCCACAGACAACCCCAAGGUUGUACAACACCACAGUGCCUCAGCCAGGAUUAGACCCAAACAAAUCUCCUCUAUAUCAUACUAAUCAGAAUGUUACCAGUCUUUCACCUAAAGAUUUGCAAAAUAAGACCCUAGAAAAAACACAAAAGCCAAAUGUGGCUUCAUAUAGUUAUACUGACCAUUGGACUGUCCAGAAAAGCAAUGAAAUCCUUAAUAAAUCUGCAAGCGGGAAAGAUUUCCAGAAAGUGGCACUAAAAAACACUAACAGUCUAGUAGUAAAUCCAGGUAGAAUAAAUGAUAAAUUUACAGAGGAAUCUAAUUACCCUUUAAUAUCAGACUGUGAUUGCAACUCUAAAGAUGGAUGUAAAAAGUGCACUGCUAGAGCUCAUAUUGCAAAACAUAAUAAAUUAGAACAUGAUAAAAUGGUAGCUGUGGAACUGAAGGUCUAUAACAAAGUUGAAACUUCAGAGAAGAAGUCAUUGUGUUGUGAUCCAAAACCCAAAGCUAAACUUCAGUCAGUAUGGGAUGUUGAAGAUGAGAAUGAAACAUUGACCAGUACAAAACUACCAGAUAAAAGAAAUGAUUCCGUAAAUACAAAAGGCAACUUGAUGGGAAAGGAUAGUGCUGAAGCUGGCAGCGGGAGAGUGGAUAUGUCAGCAGAGGCCAGUGAUGUAGCUGAUGUUGCAGCUCUCAUGCAGAAGAUGGGUCUUGGACCUCCAUACCAGCUACCCAUUGGUCUAGCUCCACGCCAUGUAUUGCCUUAUCUAACUUGGAUGAAACAGAGAGAAAUGAUUGAUAAAAGUGCUGAGAAGAAUGAAGUUAAUCAAUUGAUAAAUACACAGCCCAUGUGUGAAAGUAAUUUAAACUUAGCAUCAGAUGCAAAUAAAAAUCCAAAAGGGCCAGAAGUAGUUCAGACAUCUGGAAAUCCUGUGUUGAGUAACAAUCUCAAUGCUAUUCCAGUGAUGGCCCCAUCUACUCCCUCACCUUACUCGAGUGUCCAAAUGUUUAAUCCAACACCAUCCUACAUGUUACCCUAUAAUCCUGAGGCCACAAAGUUGGCUUUACACCUCCUUCAACAAGAGCAGCUCCUAUUGCAAGCUUACAGCCUGCAAGCUUGUAUGAUGAAUCAAGCAACCUUAGCACAAGCAAUAGCCCAAGGAGGCAGCAGAAGCAGCACUGCCACUGCUAUGAACCAAAGCAACCCCAUCAGUGAAAGUGACAACAGCCAAGUUGAAACCAUGCUGAAGAAUCUCUAUUCCAAUGAUUUUGACACUGAACAAGCCAACCCCCACACAAUGCUAGAUGCUGUUAACAGAAGUGUUGGAAACUUUGGUUUACAGUCAGUUCCUGAAAAAAGAAAAGGUUUACAGUAUUUGUCUACAAGUGAUUCCAGCUCCAAUAGUAGGAGUGAUGAGAUCCAUGUUGAACCAAAUUAUAAGUGUGAGCUAUACUCAGAAGUUGAUGUACUUGAUGAUGAUCAGAUUGAAUCCAUUUUGAAAAAACUUCAUUUUGUGCCAGAAGAAGAAAAGUGGGAUGAAGGUGUGGGUACUUGUUGUGAUUUAAAUAUUCCUUGUUCACUACAAAACAACAGUAAAAGCGCUGACAUAACUGAGCAACAUAAAAGCCAUGUGCUGCCAAUAGUUUCAGAGAAGCCUCAAGUUUCUCAUAUUUUUGAAGACGAAUCAGAGUGCAUUGCUGUUGAUGGGAAAGUCAAGCUAUUCUCACCACUGCGAAAGCCUAAAACUUUGAUAAAAUGUUUGCAACCUAUAAAAAAACCUCACUAAGAUGUAGUUCAUUUGAAAUCAUACAGCUGCUAUUAACAAAUACCAAAACCCCUUAGUAAGGCCCCUCCAGUAAAAGCUGAAAAGUGUUGUAUCCUUCUUUUGUAAGGGAGAUAAAAUCUCUUUGUUGAAGUCACCAGUAGAGAAUGUUGUGAUAUCCAAAUAAAGUAUUAUGAAAGAAAAAUAAAAUGAGUAAAAUAGCUUGAGGAAAAAACUGUCAGUUAUAAAAUUAUUCAUAACUUUUUAUUUAAAUUUUCAGGUAAAUUUCAAAAAAUGAUAUAUUUAAACCUCCUUUCUAUACAGUGUUAUAAUAAUUUUUGUUCUACAUGACAUGUAAAUGUUUCACACUUUACUGUUAUUUUAUGAAAACUGGAUGUGUUUUCUAGACUUGUGACUUGUAUAUUCAUUCCAUUUUGAGUUUUACUUUUAUCAAGUGUUUUGCCUGACAAAUUUUUCAUGCUAUCUUUUAUUUUGUAACAAAAAAAAUGAGCUCAAAUUGCUUCUAUUAAAAAGUUUUUUUUUUUAUUGUGAUAAACUAUUUCAGUACAAUGUAUAAAUAAUUCCUCUUAAUUUAUUUAUUAAACUUUUCUUAUUGCUUUAGUAUCUAGUAUCUACAAAUAUUGGACCUAUUUUUUUGGUACUAAAAAAGUAUCUACAUUUUAGUUUAUUUUAAAUGUUCAUUGUUCGGUUGCUACAUAGAUUGACACAUUUUUUUGUAGUUGAUUUCAGAAAAUUUUUCAUUCAUAAGAAAUACUUUACGAAUGUAAAAUUAAAAAAAUGAAAAAAUAUCUUUAGAUAUUAUUUCCAUAAUCAUGUUUGACCUGUUUUGUGUUAUUUUGUUUUGGUAAAUUCCAAUGAACUUAGUGCAAAUGCAAAUUUCUGAUUAGUUAAAAAAUCAGACAACAUCACUUUUAGUUCUUAUAUUUAUUUCUGUUGUACAAAGUACCCUGAUAUAUAGGUUCAAUUAAGCUGUCCUUUACUCCAUAAAUAUAUGUAAACAUGAUGGUUAUUUUACUAUUUAGUGUAGGGUAAAUAUGUUUUUUUAAAUUAGGUAUUUCUAUUCUUUUUUUAAAUUUGAAGGUUUAUAUUUAUUUACAUUGUAUAAUGGUUUUAUGAUAGACCUGAAAUAACCUAUUUUAAAA